AUGGAUUUCCAGAGCUGGCUUGCCUUCCCAGUGGGGUUAUUGCUGUGCUGUGCCCUUCAGACAUCUGCUGCUCAGCAUCCCACAUCUCCCAACUGCACCAGUGAUGCUCAAAGAACAUCCUUCAGCCACUCCUACAGGAUUGACCUCCCCACAUCCUCCCAGAUUAACGUGGAAGCAGAUCCAUCACAGCAUGACAAAGACAGCAGUGGGGUGCAGCUGGAUCCUGGAGAGGCUGAGGAAAAUGAAGAGCAGAAUAUAAUUUUUAGGCACAACAUCCGUGUGCACACACCCAAAGGGAACUGUGAACCUGUGAAACUCCACAUUAAGGAGCUGUUGGAAAGGGUGGAGAAGCUUGAGAAGGAAGUGGCAGAGCUGAGGGAAGUUUGCAGCCCUCAGAAGUGCUGUGGGGGAAGCCCAGCCCUGGCUGCUCUCAGUGCCGUCUGGGUGACAGAGGAGAUGGAGCACUCUCUGGAAGUGGAGUGGGAGAACCCACCAACAGAUGUGGAUUAUUACAAGCUAAAAUUCAGAUCCCUGGUAGAGACGGAUGAGAAGCAGGUCAUGGUGCCCAAAAGCAAUGAUCCUAAGAGCAGAUACAUCCUGACUGGCCUGAAGCCUGGCACAAAGUACGAGGUCACUGUCAUAGCUGUGAAAGACAACACAGAGGGGGAGCCAUCCUCAGUGACUGGGAGGACUGGAGUUAAUAGCCCAACCAACGUGACAACUGACCAAGUGACAGAGGGUACUGCCACUGUCUCGUGGAAUAAAGUGGAGGCUGCCAUAGAGAGGUACAUGGUGAGAUACAUCUCAGCUGAUGGGGACACCAAGGACAUAGAGGUGGGGACUGACAACAGCACGAUCACCUUACUGGAUCUGAAGCCAGGCAUGGAGUAUGUCACCCACAUCUGGGCAGAGAAGGGGCCCCAGAGGAGCAAGAAGGCAAGCACCAGAGCUGUCACAGAAAUCGACAGCCCAACUGAACUGUCGUCUGACCAAGUGACAGAGGAUGCAAUUACUGUUUCCUGGAACAAAGUGCAGACUUCAAUAGACAGAUAGAGAGUGAGCUACUCCUCAGCUGAUGGGGACACAGAGGAGAGAGAGGUGGAGGAAGACAAGAACAUCACUACCUUGGCAGGACUGGAGCCAGGCACGGAGUACAUCAUUUACAUCUGGGCAGAGAAGGGAGAACAGCAGAGCAGGAGGGUCAGCACUGAGGCUGUGACAGGGAUUGAUCCUCCCAAGAACCUCCGUGUGUCAGAGGUGACUCAUUCUACUGGUGUGGUUACCUGGGCCCCUCCUGCAGCACAGAUUGAUGGCUACUCCCUGACCUACCAGGGUGUGUGUGGCACAAGCGAGGAAGUACAGCUGGAUCCCAGCGAACAACGGUUUGUGCUGGAAGGGCUGGAGCCAGGAGUGAGGUACACUGUCUUUGUGAAGGCCUACAAGGGACAUCACCAGAGCAGAAGGACAGUCAGUACCUUCUCAACAGGGAGCCUCCUGUACCCAUAUCCCAUGGACUGCAGCCAGGUGCAGCAGAAUGGAAAUGGCUCCAGCAGUGUGUACACCAUUUACCUGGCUGGGGAUGGCAGCAGGCCACUGCAGGUGUACUGUGACAUGGCCACUGACGGAGGAGGGUGGAUAGUGUUUCAGAGGUGGAGCACUGGUGAGGUGGAUUUUUACCAACACUGGAAGAAUUACGUGGAGGGCUUUGGAGAUCCCACUGGGGAACUUUGGCUUGGUCUUGACAAGCUGCACAACCUCACGAGCAGCAGCCCCGUCCGCUACAAGCUCCGUGUGGAUUUGCGGACAGCCAGCGAAUCCGUCUGCGCUGUCUAUGACUCCUCCUGGGUUGCCUCGAGCAGGGAGAGACACAGGCUGUCAGUGGGGAGUUCUGGUGAGCAGGGGGAUGCAAUGAUCUACCACAACAGCUGGAAGUUCACGAUGUGGGACAGAGACAACGACGUGGCUCUCAGCAGCUGUGCCCUGACCCACCACGGCGCGUGGUGGUACAAGAACUGCCACCUGGCCAACCUCAACAGGAGGUACGGCGAGAGCAGGCACAGCGAGGGUGUGAACUGGGAGUCAUGGAAAGGCCAUGAAUUCUCCAUUCCUUUUACGGAGGUGAAGAUCCGUCCUCAGUCAUCCAGUAAUGAGGCAGUCCUGGGGAGGAAGAAGAGGUCUUUGUCAGGGAAGAGGAAGAGGAUCAGGGCUUAA